ACGCAGACGCUGAACAACAGUGACGCACAGAGUCAGACUCACAGGAAUAACAACAUGGCGGGGAAUUCAACAGAGCAGCUGCUGUCUAUGCGAGUUUACAACAGCCUUCAGAGUCUGGGCUGUCCUCUGGUGGACGGGCUGUACCUGCGGGAGCCGGACAGUGUGCAGGAGCUCCUCUGCUCUCCUUCAUUACACAGGACUGAUAUCCUCAAGUGGAUUUGCGCCAGCAUUUGUCCAUCCCUAAAGGAGAAGUUUUCCACACUGAAAUCAACUCAGAAUGAGGAUUUAGUUCAAGAACUCACACGGUUUGGUUAUGAAAUGAUGUUAUGUAAAGCUAAUGACCAGGAUUUAAUUAAGGGCCGUGCACCACCUUUGAGGCAACUGCGGUUUCUGGAGCAGAUUCUAAUGGUGAUUCAAGCAGACUCUAGGCAGAACUCAUGCUCGGGUGAUGACAGCGUAAAGAACGAUGAUCUUCUUGGAGAGCUGAUGUCUCAGGACCACUUAUCUGACCUGGAUAUGCUCCUGAAUCCAGUCUGCAAUCCGUGGCCUGCGCAUAUCCGUGAACAUCUAAUACGCACACAGUCAACUCAACACAAAAAAACGAACGGAAACCACAGUAAACCCAGCGAAUUCACAGACAGGAGUGAUCAACAUUCGCGACUAGGAAGUCGUGGAGAAGAAAGCCUGACGGAGGCCAUGGCGCUGCUGAAGUCUACCCAGAGCGCAUUAGACGAGCUCCACAAAGAGUGUGAGUUCCUGCAGUCACAUCCGUCAGGUUCUGCAGCUGUGCUUUCCCCCUGUGCGCUGAAAGUGGCCAUCUCAGACAUGUCUCAGCUCAUGACGGCUUUCGGACACAUCUACAACACAGACUUUAAGGCGUACUGCCAGAGAGCCCCUCCGGCCCUCAACUCUGGUGCUAGUGUUUUUCAGUCUGUACAUCAGCUCCUGCAUGCCUGUAAUACGGAGCUGGAGGCUCUAAAGCAGCUGUCCGAAACCUCGUUGUCUCUCACACAAACAGUGCAACAGCUGCAGACAGACAAGCGGUACUGGUCUAAAGGAGAGAAGCACACGCUGCCCGAACGAUUAGAGGAGCUAAAGAACAGAUAUGUGUCUUUUCUCUCCCUUCACCAAUCAUAACCUCAAGGACUAAGCAGAAAUCUACAACCUUCUUGAGUUUUAAUUGGUAAAAGGCAUGAGGUGUAAAAUGUAGCCAAUCAGACCACUUAUUUACAUGACCAGGACUGUUCCCAUAGCGCUUUGUGAUUUAUAACACCACUAUGCCAUGCACUGUUAAGAUUUAUACUAGAUAUGAAUAACAAAAUGCUGUUUGUGAACUCCGAGAUAUCGAUCAAUAGACAUUCCACUUAUAAAAUUGCCUUCAAGUAUAAUACUCUUAAUCCUCUUUCUUUACAAAAGCCUGUUAUUAGUGUGUAGUAGCACACACAAGUGUAUCUUUAACUGCCAGUGUUUGAUUUCCAGUCAUAUGUAAUGUUUUUUUGUUUUUUAAAUAAAAACUGACCUUAUAGAAA